ACGUGGAUUUGCCGUUUAGAUGUUUUCUCUUGACCACACCGUUCGAAGCCAUGUUGUCAAUAAACAAGCAACCAGGACGAAGCGCCAGAGACGUUUGACGGAACCGCCGUCUGGUGGUCGCCUGACUUCAGCCUUGGGGCUUGUGACGUAGUGCGCAGACGCCGGACUCCAGAAGUGUCAAACUAGAAUCCUGAAAAAUAACGACAAAUUUUCCGUUUUCCUUAACACAGUGAGUAAAAUAAACGAACUGAUUUAAUUUAAAAAACUACUUAGAAAUAAAUUCAUAAUUAUUUUGCGUAUUUAUUUUGAGAACUGACGUUUGUUAAAAAAAAAAAAGUUUGGAUUCCCUUUAAAUGACUCAUCUAUCAUCUAAAUCCAGCUGCUAGUGGAAGUGUGGCUUUAGUGGGAGUGUUCUCGGCUGAAAAUUGCCGGCGCCGCAGGCUGACGUUUGCUGAAACUUGAGCUCGUGAAGGGAAAACCAACUGGAUUGUAGGUAGUUUUUAAACAGACGGAGAGUACCACAGGAGCUAUCGACUACUCUGAAUUAAGUGAAAUGGCAGAUAAAAAAUCUGAAAGUGACGUUAAGGAUCAGCCAAACCCCGUUCCGCCUCCUGGAUCAGCAAGGAUGUCUCGGGACAGCGAGUCGAUUGACGAUUUCGAACACCUGGAACCGGAGUCUUCGCCAGUCAGAGAAACGGUAGGAAACAUUAUUGAUGAAUUAUUGACAGAUAAGGGUUCGAGCAAGGCUCCUGCAGAGCCUUCGUUGUCGGCCGAUUUGAAAGGCUUUGGCAGCGCUGCGUCAAAAAAUAUCGCAGAUAAAUCUUCGGAACUAACGGCAAAUCUGUUAGAUUUCGAAGAUUUCGCCAAGAAGGGCUCUGAUACCGUGGCGCAGGUUGUAGACGAUGCACACGGCAAGGCGAGCGAAAAGAUGAGUUCGGGUAAAGAGUUUCUUGAACAGGCUGAGGAUUUCGCCACCAAACCAUUCGAGGCUGCUUUCGACACUGGUUUCAACAGCAUGAAGUCCUCGUCGCUAGCAUUCAUGGAGGCAGAACGGGACAACAUGUUUGUGAAAGAAAUGCCUUUGCCAGAAAAGAAAUCGAAUCUCCCUGAUAACUUGGACUUCAUGAAGGGCGAAACAGCUCAAACCCACAUUCCAGAAAAAGUCAUCGGUGGCAAGCCUCUGCCGUCUCCCAAAGCCGAUAUCAGCCCUGCCUCGGAACCAGAAGACAAGAGUCCCCUGCACGAUAAGACUGCUGUUGCAUUCCCAAGCGACAAGCUUGCUUCCGAGUACUCCAGCGACGAGGAGAGCGGCAAGUCCCCAGGUAAAAGUUCCUACAAGUCAGAUCUGAACAUCCAAGACGAAGACAAAGAUUUUGAUUCCUUGUCCAAGCCAGCGUCGCCACAGGACACGAUGCUCAAGAAAACCAAAGAGAUUGCCGACGACAAAGAAGAGCUCUUCAGGUCCGGGGAGGUGACGCCGGAACCGUUCGAAAAACCACAACCGCUCGAGAAGCCCCGACCGAUCGAAAAAGCAGAACCUUACGAGAAACGAGAACCGUUCGAGAAACCGCAGCCGUCGGCCCCGGAGGCGGAAGGCUUCCUGCCUCUCACGCCGGUCAUGCCGCUGUCGAGUCUGGUCGACCCCCUUCCCACGGUCCCCGAGCUGGCCCCGGUCCCCGCGGUGCCGAAACCCGCGGCACAGGCGAAGGCAGCCAGCGUGGGCCCAGCUGGUGUCCCAGCGAAGCCUGUCGCCCCAGCAGCUAGUCCCCGGGGCGAGAAGCAGCAGCAGCUUCCUAAUUUCGUUGUCGAGCUGGUGUACUGGAGGGACCCGAAGAAGUCGGGGAUAGUGUUCGGCAGCGUGCUGGGCGUUCUGCUGUCGCUGACGUACUUCUCGCUGAUCAGCGUGGUGGCGUACCUGAGCCUGGCGCUCCUCACCGGCACCAUCUGCUUCCGCAUCUACAAGAAUGUGCUGCAGGCAGUCCAGAAGACCUCCGACGGCCAUCCGUUCAAGGACUUCCUGGGGGCGGACCUGUCCCUGCCCCAGGACAAGGUGCUGGAGGUGACGGACGUCGCCGUGUCGCACGUGAACGCCGCGCUGGUCGAGCUGAGGCGGCUCUUCCUGGUCGAGGACCUGGUCGACUCCAUCAAGUUCGCGGUGCUGCUGUGGUGCCUCACCUACGUCGGCGCCUGGUUCAACGGCAUGACGCUCGUCAUCAUCUCAUUCGUCGCCCUGUUCACGCUGCCGAAGGUGUACGAGCAGAACAAGAUACAGAUUGACCAGAACCUGGAGCUUGUCAGAGCAAAAAUAGCUGACCUGUCAGCCAAGGUGAAGGCAGCCGUUCCAUUGGGCAAGAAGCCAGGUGCAGUUGAAGAGAAGAAGGACCAGUGAACAAAGUGUUGAGAGAAAGAGGAGAGACAGAAGAUGGACAGAACACACCGCCCUCACGUCAUAUCUAGUUCUCAUCUGCGCAUCUCAUUUCCCAGACUGCCUUCAUCAUAGCUAAUUUAAUUAUUUGCAUUAACAAACUUCUUUUUUUUUUUCCUUUCCCUACCCGCACUAGGCAACCAUUAUAACGUUUUUUAGUUGCGGUUUUAGUAGAAUUUUUGAUCAUCCUUUAAAUGUGUGCAUGUGUGUGUGUGUCUUGUAGUUGUAAAUUUUUAUUUUCGUAAGUGGUGUAAGAUCAUGUCAUGUAAUUUCAUUGGUCCUAGUAUCCAUCGAUUCCAGGCAAGUGGGGGGUGGUUUACAGCAUUUGUAAUAAUGAAAAAAAAAUUAAUGAAGAAACGAACGAUGUAAGGGAGGGAAAAGCAGUUGAUUAUGUUUUCAUAGACUGCUUUGGAUGUGCGCUUGCAUCGAACCCGAGAGAGUUGUUUCCGGUGUUUGCAGAGAGUUCGCUGGCGCGCUUUUGCCUGCGAUACGUGGUCGUGAUUGGAAAUGUUUAAAGCUGGCGACGAGGACGACAAUGACCUGAUUGGUUGUUAGUGCGCUGCGAGAUGGUUUAUUACAAUUGUUUGCCGGUCAUCGCUCCUUGGAAUAAAAGUUUUUUGUGUUAUUCGUACAUGUGGACGGUUGCUGAUUUUCCCCCUAGAUUUUUGGAAGAAAGGUGUGUCAUAGAUGUAAAAUAAUUGCUAUCAGCGGCACAAAACUAAGCGGGAUAAAUAUUUGGUUAAAAAGCACAAAUCUUUUCAUCACAGUUAUUCCGACAGUUAAUUUGGCUUAAUAUUGUGUAUGGCUCAGUGUUAAUAAAAAAAAUUUUGUGUUGAUGUUGAAAACGAUGAAUAGUUGGAAAUGUACUUUGUGUAUGCAAAUGAGAGAAGCAUCUUUAAAUUUAAUGCGCUCAUUUUUCUUGUUGUUGCAAUUGUUUUUGUAAAGAUGAAAAAAUUUUGAAAUUUGUUGCAUCUAAGAGCUUUUUUAACUGCUUACGCUAGUUGGUAAUGGUCAGUGUUAAUUGUUUUAUUAUGUGAUAAACUUGUUACACUCUCGCUGGAAGCUCUAUCGUAAAAUAAAUACUAAGAUUAACUAUUUUAAAUAAGAUGCUGCUGCGAGAUCAAGGUAAUGUACAUACAAUUUCAAGGCUACUAAAAACAUGGAUGUUGAAGAAACCCGUGUUGACUCAAUGCUGUUGGCACAAUAUUGUCAAUUUGCACAACACACACAUUACUUUGAUCUCUUGGAUUUUUUAAUGUAUGUAAAUCAACUGGAGAAUGAUAGUUUUUUCAGGUUGAAAAUAAGAUAAUGUGAUGGCUAUAAUGCUUCAUUUUUUAAAACACAUUGGGUGUAUUUUUUCAGUUCUGCACAGUAUUUCUUAAAAUGUAAGUACAUUAAUAUUGUGAUAGACUUGACAUAAAAGUAACAAGAAAUUAAAGUGUAUACUCAUUUAUCUCUCAUACAUAAUGUAGUAUCCUGCAUUUCCUAUAAAGUUUCAUGGUUUUUCAUAUUUAUUGUUAGCUAUUGUUCUAAUGUAAAAGUGUAUCUGAAACAGUAGUUUUAACGGUGCAGUGCAAUUAAUAAGAGAUAACGGUGAUGAGCAAAAAUAUUUGUCGGAGGUAAAUAAUUAUUUUUAUCAGUUUAAAAAUACCCUCUUGGUAUGUAGCUAAUACAAAUGUGUAUUUGAAAUGUGCUUUGUACACUGAAAUAAAGAGAGAUAAAACGUU